GUGAUGUCAUAAUGGUUCCAUGAGGCGUUCUAUAUGGUUGUCAUGGAAACAUUACAUCACACUCGGUGCCUAUAAAAGGCUCAGCCAGAUGAAACCGGUAUCACUUGACUGAUCUGAACGCUUGCCUUUGGUUGACUCCGAACGCUACUGUACAGAUUACCAAGUGAAUUUGCAGACUUUCCAAAAGUUCGCAACUUUAAACUGCUUGACGCACUGUGUACGGACAGACAGUUUACUUAGAUUUCAACCCUCUGUAAACCGAGUCUAAGAACAGUUAAGUCUUUCAGUUAUUCCUCAACAUCAUGUUUCGUCCUGUAAUACCAUUGUCCGAAAAGGACAUGGAAGGAACAGUUGUUGAAAGCAUGGAUGAGGAGGAUGAUGAGGAGAUGGUGGAUGUUUAUCCAACACGUACUGAGGCGAAACGCCAAAGAGUGUUUGGAGGAGAGAUGGAUUCAUUCCUACCGAAUGCUGUGUUGACCUGUGACUAUGUCCCUGACAUCGGACUUGCGUCAGAGGUCGGACGCGCUGCCGGUGGUUUGAAUCUAAGUGGAGGAGUAGAGGAGAAAAUCCCAACAAUGUUGGGAUGGAGAUGUGAUGAUGGUGGAAUGGAUCUUGUCCUUCCGAAUGCAGUCCCUGACAUUGUCCCGAACAACGGACAUUUGUUAGACAGACGCGCCGGUAGUUCACAUCCACGAGGAGGAGUAAAGGAGUUUACUCCUGCAUUUGAGGAGGCGAACAGCCCCAAAGUCUUGAAAUCAAUGAAGAAGGCUUGGAGGAGUGUAAUGCACCCAUUCCUUCGUAAUGAUAAAGUGGAAACACUGAUUCCUUCAGAGCUUAAUGCGGAUUCAGAUAAUCCUAAUUUAAAGGAUGAUGCUGGUCUGGCGAGCUCUAAAUUAAAGACUGUAAUCAAACCGGACAAACAACGAAAGGCAUUCUUUGGCUGUCCCUGGAGGGGCAAGGUGGAGUCAAUGCCGACUCCACAGCUUAAAGCGGAUCCAGCUAUCCCUGAUGUUAGGGAAGUUGUUGAUCUUGCAUCACAGUCAAAGGCCGACGUUGGUCCGAAGAAACAGAAAGAAAAGGCUUCAAAGAGCCGCAAAUCUAACCUCCAGGGAGAAAAAGUGACUGUUGUGCCAACUCAACAGCCCAAGGCUAUUUCAGAUAUUCCUGUUGGCAUGGAUGUUCCUGCUCUGGCCGGCCCCCAAUCAAAAACAAAGAUUCGUCCAGAUAAAAGCAAGACAUUGAAGCAACGCAUCUUUGGAUGCUUCUGGAGGGGCAAAGUGGAGUCAAUGCCGACUUCACAGAUUGAAGCCGAUCCGGCAGAUCUGGCAGAUUCUCAAUCAAAGAGUGUUGGCUUAAAGAAACAAAAACAAAAGGCUUCAAAGAGCCGCUUUUUUCACAACCCUUGGAGAAAAAAAGGGAAGAGUAAAGUGAAAAAAGAUGCAGAUCCAGCUAUUCCUGAUGCCAUGGAUGGUGCUGAUCUGGCCAGUUUUUGUGGCACCGCUGCAGCUAAUGCCAGGCUACAGAAGAUUGAAGCCGAUCCGGCAGAUCUGGCAGAUUCUCAAUCAAAGACGGUUGGCUUAAAGAAACAAAAACAAAAGGCUUCAAAGAGCCGCUUUUUUCACAACCCUUGGAGAAAAAAAGGGAAGAGUAAAGUGAAAAAAGAUGCAGAUCCAGCUAUUCCUGAUGCCAUGGAUGGUGCUGAUCUGGCCAGUUUUGGUGGCACCGCUGCAGCUAAUGCCAGGCUACAGAAGAUAGGUGCCAUUCCAAAGAAUAUCGGGUUAAAAGGUGGCGGAAAUCCCGACCCAAAUAAAGCAAAAAGUCCUGGACCAAAAGAAGAUGAAAAUCCUGGGGCAAAAGCUAUUGAAAAUCCCAGACAUUCUGGGGCAGAAGAUGAUAGAGUUGUCAGGCCAAAAGUUGUAGAUCUUUUUCAAAAAGUUUUUAAACCGCCAGAAGAGACGAAACCAGCUGAUCCCCCAGUCCCUAAAGAGACUUUUGAUUCUAAAUAUACCUUCUUCAAUGAAGUGAUUGGAAAGGUUACUUUGGCAAAGUGUUCAAAGGGAUCCGUAAAUCGGAUGGCUGUCGGGUUGCCAUCAAGCGAAUAAGCAAACGAAAGGAUGAAAGAACUCUUCAGAUUCCCGGAUACCCCAAACCAGUCAUUACAGAAGUGGCGCUAAUGCUUAAGUUAAGAGAUGCGCCCUCAUGCCCCAAUGUCAUACAGUUUUAUGACUGGUACGAAACUGAAGACUUUUACACGCUCGCGUUGGAGUACCCUCAGCACUGCCAAACCUUGUGGGAUUUUGUUAGUUGUGAAAGACAUCUAAGUGAAAAUAUAGCAAGACAUCUUAUGCGUCAGGCAGUACUGGCAGUAAAACACUGUCUGGAUAAUGGAGUUUUCCAUACAGACCUCCAUGGCAAGAACUUCUUGGUGCAGAAAUCAACAAUGACCCUGAAGUUAAUUGACUUUGGGCUUGGAUAUUAUCUUACGGAUGAGGCCUAUGAUUCCCACGACUUUAUAGGAGCUCAAGGUUGCAUCCCGCCUGAGAUGCAAAUGGAAGAGAAAUACUACCCCAUGCCAGCAAACGUAUGGGCCUUAGGUGCUUUGCUGUAUUUCAUGGUGCUUGGAACUUCCCCCUGUCCUAUAGACCCCUUUUAUGGGAAGGGUUUAUCAAAGGAAAUCUGUGAUCUGAUGAAAAGGUGCCUGGCCAUGAAUCCAAGAUAUCGUCCGACGCUCAAGCAGAUCUUAGAUCAUGACUGGUUUAAAACUGAGUCUAACGAAGAAGAGCUAUUCAUUUACAAAAUGAGGGCGCUAUCCACAUAAAUAUAAAAAGGAGGAAGCUUAAUGACUGAAGGAGAGAGGAAUGAUGAGAGAUGCUGUUUUCGCGGAUGAGUUUCUACAACUAGAAACAGAGAAUAGCACGGAAAUUAAAAGGGCCAUUAUUACAAGAGAGACAAGAGACGAGCCAUUAUUUAAAACAGGAAUUUCUCAGGAGUAACACAUUUUUGGGAACUUUCUGCAUAAUGUGGUAUUUCAGCCUCAGACUUCAUGACCACAUGAACAUCUGAUGCAGAUCCUGUCUCGUCUUUAAACAUAUUUAAUAAAAAAAAUAAUUUACAAGUUUUAGUUCUUAUAAUUCUUAAUGUUUUUAUCUUUUAAAGUUGUAUAAUAUAGUAUCUAAUAUAUAGUAUGUCCUCUAUAGAAUAAGUUAUGUCUGUCUCUCUCUCUAGGGUUUUUUUUCUUCUAGGAGUUUAGGGAGUCAAAUGACAUUUUCUUAACUUAGAUCUCUCUUCUAUAUGUUACAUUAUUACGCUCAAUAGUUCAGUUUAAUCUGUACUUUGCAACUUUUGUUGUCCCUUGAUUUUUCUGUGUAUUUUUCUUUUUUUAUUAAUUUAAAGCUGCUUUGAAAUAAUUAAGCA